CUGUCGCACUCGACGUCCUCUUUAUCAUUUCGCCAGAUUCAACACCCGCGUGUACUAGGUAGCUACUAGUACUCGUUAGCGCGUCGCAUCGCAUCGCAUCGCAUUCACGCUGCAUCUCGAUUCCCUUGGAUCCCUCGCCGUCCUCUUGUGCCGUUAUAAUUUAGCCACCUCAUCAGGCAUAUCGGAAUUUCUUCCUCCCAGAAUCAAUCCAUCAUGGCUGCCCCAAUCACCACUUCUAGCAUUGCCAUGGCCCUUGCUGGCAAGACGGCCUCUGUCGAUAUCCCCAAGCCUCGCUCGGCUUUCACCGCUGAUGGCGAUGCUUCUUGCCAUCCGGCUCUGUUGCCGACUCCCCCCAACUCUAUCUCUCCGACUCUUCCUCCGCAGGCCUUCAAACGACGGGACAACCUCCCGGGCUCGCCCUCCUUUGCCACGUCGCAGUUUGACUCCGACAUUGAUCUGGGAGAUGCCGCUCAACAUGCGGUCAGCCGCGCUCAGCAUCUCUCGCCCGGCGAUGUAGAUAGCGCCGGCGCCAUCACCCCGGAGAUGCUAUCCCACUAUCAUCUUCCAGACAUUAUGCUGCAGCAUGGUCCGCUCGCCAUCCGACAUAUUAUGGGCUAUUUAACCACGUCGGUUCCCGGGUUUUCUAGGAUCGCCCCGGCCAAAUCGCGAAGACUGGUCGUGGCUGCCUUAGAGAACCGCGGCAUCUGCGAUAAGGGAAGUGGCGCGGAGAGCGAGAUCGUCUUCGAGAAAGUCGGAUGGGGUCGGUGGGAUGCACGACGGCGUGGCGAACCGCUACGGGAUGCACGGCAACCGAACCUGUCGCCCCCAUCUAGUCUCUCGAACUCCUUCCCGCAAAAGGCCAUGCAGAUCCCGAUCAAGAGAGACAGUCUACAACCGUACGGUUCGAGCAUCACUGGCGAUUCCGCCGUCUUUUCUUACACUGAAAGAGACUACGUCGGCCACGAGGACGUCAGUAUGCUGGAGCACGAAGCGGAUAAGAUGUCCCUUGACGGAGACGAGCGUGAAUAUUGUUCGUCCUCAGAGGCCCCGGACGACGAAAUACCAGAUGGGGACUGGGGCGAGGAGGAUGUGACCGACGAGGAAGAUUGGGCACAGAUAGGCGCGGCAGCGCUUCGUGCACGAUCACUCAACGGCGGGGGCGGCUUUGUACAUGGAAAACACCCGCCUCCGCAACUUCGAGGUGGCGGGCCUGCCUCGUCCUCGCUGGCGAAAUCAGCGCCGCAAAAGAUACCCAUUCAACAGCUCGGGUUCUCUCUGCCAGAUGGCGUGGUGAAUGACCGAGAGGAGCGUGCCGCCGUCGAGGCGCUGUUGCGACUUGGCUCUAUGUGAGAACUGAGUUCUCGUGGCUGGUCCAUUCAACAUUUUUCACUUCUACUGCUUUUUUAUUUCGAUUUAAUUUCUCUCACAACGUUUCUGCAACGAUACUACAAAUCGCCAGUAUAUUCGACUGGCUCGACUGGCUUACGAUGCAU